UUACAGAAGCAACGAAGAGGAAGAGGAAGAGGAAGAGGAAGAGGGAGAGGGAAGAGGAAGAAUAAGGAUGCAGUCGCCAUCAAUGGAAGCUUCACGAACGUUCUGGAGAAAUACGAAUACCCAGUUUCUAGGGUUUCUUCCAUCAUCAUCUUCGUCUCUUACGUUAACGACUCUCCGGCAUCCAUAUUCGCGUGUUUGGUGCAACAGCUUAAACCCUAACAAUCGCCGGAUAGCGACAGUGAAGGCGAAGGGAAAGGAUAAUGUGUGGAGUAUCGAUAACGAUGCGGCGAAUGGGAGUCGAGGUGGAGAAAGACGGAAUAAGGGAGAUAGGAGGAGGACUAAAGUAAGGAAUUCGACGACGAAGAAACGGAGAGGUAGAGGUGGAGGGAAUGAGAGUGAUGAAGGAAUAAUGGUUUCUGGUUCCAUGUUAAUGGAGACGGAGAAGGUUUUACAAACUCAGGAACCUGUAAUUAUACCAGUAUGGAACACAUUUGCGAGUAGUGUUAGUGGCAUAUGGAAAGGAGCAGGAGCCGUGUUUUCACCCAUCACCGCUCAGAUGGAACCCAUUGAGGUUGGAAGAAACAAUGAGCAUCAAUUUGACUGCUAUACUCUUUCUCGCAUCGAGGCAGUACCAUCGACAAAUGGAGGGCAUACAUCUCAGAUUCGAAGGACAGUGAACUGGGUGACCUUGAAUUCUUAUGGUGAAAAUAAACAGUUGCACAGUCAUUUGAACAAAAGUAAAGAGAUGCCUGUACACGAGGAUGCAUCUUUAUCUACCAUAGAAGCACUUGAUGGAAGGAGGACAAACCACGUGCUGCCAAAAUUUGAGUCUUUUGACUUUGAAACAAGUGAUCUGAUGGAAGAAGAUCUUAUGGGUGUGGAGCCUGGUCUUGUCUUUUUUGAGGAUGGGUCUUACUCAAGGGGUCCAGUUGACAUACCUGUUGGAGAAGUUACUGAAUCCAACUACUACCUAUCACCAACAUUCAAGUUUGAGCAAUGUUUGGUUAAAGGUUGCCACAAGAGACUGCGCAUUGUUCAUACCAUAGAAUUCAGUGAUGGGGGUUCAGAUAUCCAGAUCAUGAGGGUUGCUGUAUACGAAGAGCAAUGGGUCAGUACUGCUAAUCUCCCUGACAAGAGUGACGUGGACUUUGACGUGAAGCCAUUUUCUCAACGGAAAAGAGUUCAACCUUCGGAAUUAACUGGAUCAUGGAAGGUAUUCGAGACAAGUGCCACACCAAUCUAUGGCGAGGAGACGAACCCAAAGGAAAACGACGACGACCCUCCAUAUGUUUACCUUUGCACCGAGACCUUAAAGAAGAGAAGUUUGCCAGAGAGUGCAGCCUACUUUGGUGAGGAAGAGGUGUUAGACAUGGUAGAUGUCACAAUGCUUUGGUUGCCUGGAGGUGUUACGGGUUACGUUGAUGUCAGCAAGGAUGGAAUCUUGUGUAUUGGUGUUGGGUGGUACUCCGAUGAAGGAAUCAAUCUUGUUAUGGAACGGGAUUAUGGAACCGAUGGGAAACUGAAGGAGGUUCGAUCAAAAACCGAAGUCAAGAGAAGGUGGUCUGAUCCACCCCCUUUCUAAGGUUUAUUUGACAAUUGAGUUGUUGAAAGAUCCAGAUUUCUAUAUAAAGAAAGGCAAAAGUCCUUUGUUGUGGUG